CUCUAUAUAUAUCUAUGUUGGUGCAUUCAGUUACUACCUACUAACUGCAGUCGCCGAUAAUUUCCCGGAGUAUCCAAAAAGCAGCACUUUUAUUGUUGUCUUAAACAAGUAACAAAACCGAUCCAAGAUGGGUAAGAAGGGCAAGGUGAACAAGUUGGCUCGUAUGUCAGAUGAGGAGCGAGCUCGUUACCUUCAGCACCGAGCUGACAUGGAGGAGGAGGCUCGUCGGAGGAAGAGAGAGCUCAUCGCCCGGUUUAUUAAGAACAAAUUGGAUAAAGAAGAAGCGUACAGCAGGAUGAACACGGCGAAGAUCAACCAGGGCUGGCGGUACAUCCUGCGCAGGAUCAAGUGUAAGCAGAUGGGUCAGGAUAUAGAAGGUCUGAUGAUCAGCUUCAACCAGACGGUGGAACGCAAGAACCGACAGAUCUCGUCACUGAUUCACGCCAUCGAUGUCUCCGAUGAACAGCAUCGCCGGGCCUUCCAGGCGCACACUGAAACCUUAAGCUACUUCCUUGGCAUAGGGUCCCAACGCCUGGACAAACUCCAAUCAGAAUACGAACACCAGAAGAACAGUCUUUUGGACAAUUGGCUCAAAGAGGAGACAGACAUCACGGAUAGUCAGGACAGAGCUGAGUUCCAACUGAAGCUUAUCAUCUUCAUCCAGGACAGGAACUUCCAGAACUACAUGAAGACUAAGGGUCUGGAGAGAGCUACUGCUAUUAGUGAUACUAAACUUGAGCACGAAGACAACAUGCUCAGCUUCUGCCGUCCAAAGCAACUGGAGAUAGAAUACUACUGGAGCCAGCUGCGCGAAGUAUACUCCUCAUACUUGGAGCAGCACAAGCCCAUCAUCGGACACUAUGACACUUUGAAGGAGAAAGAUGAGUUCUACCAGCGAGACAUUGCCAGGAACGACGUGCAGAUUCAACAGGCUACUGAGGUCCUAAUGAACUUGCAAAGAGAAUGGAUCAACACGAAUGAGAGGAUGUCAUACAAACUUGAGAGGAUGAACAAACAUAAGGAGGAGUUAGCCAUACGGUACCGGCAGAUGAAGAAAGAAGACAAGACGGAGACAAGUAGGAGCAGCCACCAACUAGAAGUCAUGGUCAAUUGCAGCCAGGAUGCUAUUAAGCGCAUGGAGGAAUUCAAAGAGAAAUUGGACAAAAUCAGUCACUUGUUCGAGAUCUGCCGGAAGUACGAGACUGAUGGCGACUUUGCCGUGCUCAUGACGGCUGACAGCAGCACGGGGGCCGAAGACUUCACGCAUUUAGACCCGGACAUGAUUGAAGAGUGCAAGGAAUACAGUAAGAUGACCAAAUUCAUGUUAAAGCUCAACACAGUGAGAGUCCAGAGCAUGUGUCUGAAAGCAGAGAAAGCUAAGUUGACGAGAGAGAACAUUCAGUUGAAGCAUUAUAUCAAGAGGUACCUCACGGAGCUGGCCCUCAGAGGAGGGAAAGAUCGCCCUCUCAGUGUGAAGCUACAGUCUGAAAUGCAGAAGAUAGAUCGCGCUGGAAAAGUUGUAAAUCGUCCAGUAACCUGUAUCGAGGGUGCAUACUGCAAUGCUGUGCUGCAUGAGAAGCGUAUGAGAUCCAUGGAGAGGAAGAACAAGGAUAAUGGCAUCCGGGCAUAUCCCAGAGUACAAUGUUGGAUGCAGACUGCUUAGUGCUUACAAAAUGGAAGUAAGGACACCGAUAUUGAACGGUAAACUGAUGUCUAUUAGUCAAUAGUUUUAUGUACAAAUGUGUGAUUUGUUUGCCAAAUAAUGUUAGCUUAUCUGUGGUGUGAAAAUCAAAUUAGUAUGUAAGUUAUUUUGUCCUAGAUUGAUAAGUAUUAAUAAUGUAAUCCAAGUUCCCAAUAAGAGCCAAUUCUGUAUCCUAGUA